AUGAUGACUGUGAUCUGCCUGGAUGAUUACCACACCAAUGAUCGUGCUGGCCGCAAGGCCACGGGACUCACCGCCCUGGAUGCGCGCGAGAACGAUUUUGACCUGAUGGGUGUGCAGAUGGAGGCUCUGAAGACCGGAAAGGCCGUCUACAAGCCCAUCUACAACCACGACACCGGCAACAAGGACCCACCUGAGCUGAUCGAGCCCAACAAGGUGAUGGUCUUCGAGGGCCUGCACCCUAUCUACGAUGAGAAGGCUCGCGCCCAGCUCGACCUGGCUAUCUACAUCGACAUUGUGAACGAUGUGAAGUUUGCCUGGAAGGUGCAGCGCGACGUUGCCGAGCGUGGCUGGACUGAGGAGCAGGUCCGUGAGGACAUCGAGAAGCGUCUCCCAGACUUCUCCAAGUACGUGGAUCCCCAGAAGGCCAACGCGGACGUCGUGCUUC